AUGGUUGUCAAGUUUACUUCAGCUGUCGUCACUCCUCCGGCAUUAAUAUAUAUGGGAGUUGAUAAACAUGAAAAUGAAUCUCUCAUAAGAUGGGGUUGGCCAGAAGAUGUUUGGUUUCACGUUGAUAAACUUUCAUCAGCGCAUGUAUACUUAAGGUUAUCGCCUAAUAUGACAAUAGACACUAUUCCUACUGAAUUAUUGGAAGAUUGCGCACAACUGGUUAAAGCAAAUAGUAUUCAAGGUCAUAAAACGAACUCAGUGGAUGUCAUAUAUACUCCAUGGGAAAAUUUAUUGAAAACAGGAGAUAUGGUGACUGGACAAGUUGGAUUCAAAGACGAUAAGAAAGUACUUAAAAUUAAAUCUGUAAAACGAAUAAAUGCAAUUGUGAAUCGAUUGAAUAAAACUGAAAAACGAGAAGAUAUUGACUAUCGAAAGGAAAGAGAGGACCGUGAUGCGAGGGAAAGGCAGAUUUCUAAGGAGCAGGAACGACAAAAGAAAAAAGAAUAUAUGGAAGAGUUGCAGCAGCGAGAAAAUGAACGGAGAAUUCAUUCAUAUGAAGAUGUAUUUACCGAAGAAAAUCUGCGUGCUAAUAUGGAUCAAGGAAAUGAUUCUGAUGAUUUUAUGUGA